GUAAGUAUAGGUUGCCCUGAGAAGAUGGAACCCAUUACAAAGGUGUCACACAUUCCUGCUAGCAGAUGGGCUCUGUCUUGUAGCCUUUGCAAUGAGCGGACUGGGACAUGUAUUCAGUGCUCAAUGGCUUCCUGUAUAACAGCAUUCCAUGUGACAUGUGCAUUUGACCAUAAUUUGGAAAUGAGGACUAUUCUUGCAGAGAAUGAUGAAGUCAAGUUUAAGUCCUAUUGCCUGGAUCACAGCAGCACUAUCACCAAUUCCUGCAGCAAACGGGACGAAGCCAUGAGCAAAUUGAAUGAGGCACGGCAGCUCUCUGCGACCACUGAAGGGAUGGUGGAGGUGAAUCAGAGCGAGUGUGACCUGGAGAAAGCAAGCCUGAGGAAACAGAAGCUGCAACAACUUGAGGAGGAGUUCUAUGAACUAGUAAAUCCCUCCGAUGUGGCCCAGCAGCUGCAGAUGUCUGAUGUCCUGGUGGAUUUUUUCUAUCAGUACUGGAGACUCAAGAGAAAGUCAAAUUUCAACAAGCCGCUGCUGGCUCCAAAAACUGAUGAAGUGGACAAUCUCGCCCAGCAAGAACAGGACAUCUUAUACCGGCGACUGCGGCUCUUCACACAUCUUCGACAAGAUUUGGAGAGGGUCAGGAAUUUGUGCUACAUGGUAACGCGGAGAGAGAAAAUGAAACAAUCGGUUUGUAGACUUCAGGAGGAAAUAUUCCACCAUCAGACCAAACUGAUCGAAGAAAAUCUGCAUCGAG